AUGAAUGACGGCAAUAUUGAUGAUAUUGGAACAAUGGUAAUAUUACCUUCAUCAUACACAGGAAGUCCAAGACAUAUGCACGAAUAUACUCAAGAUGCCAUGACUUACGUAAAAAAAUUUGGACGACCUGAUCUCUUCAUAACAUUUACAUGCAACUCAUCAUGGCCAGACAUUAAAGAACAACUAAAAUACGGACAAACCUCCAUGGAUCGACAGGACAUAAUAGCCCAAGUUUUUCGACAAACACAAAAAAGAUUUAUUGAAGUCAUCACAAAAUACCACAUUUUUGGAACCGUUCGAUGCUGGAUGUAUACAAUUGAGUGGCAAAAACGAGGAUUACCUCACUCACACAAUCUCAUAUGGCUACACGAUAAAAUUUAUCCCACGGAUAUUGACAAAAUCAUCCAAGCAGAAUUUUACGAUCCACAAAAAGAUCCGGAACUGUACAACAUAGUAGUGAAAAACAUGAUUCACGGACCAUGUGGAUCAUUAAACUUCAAUGCACCAUGCAUGAGUGAUGGAAAAUGUAUAAAAAAAUAUCCAAAACCAUGGAUGAUACAAAAACUGAAGAAGACGGAAGUGUUGGUCGAAGUAACUCCGAAAGAAGUCAUUUGGAAGCAGGAGUUAUAUGAACUUAUAUUUUGA